UCAUGGAACUUAUAUAUUCGUUGUGAUGAUGUGGAACAGGAUUCCUUAAUUGCCUUGAGUAAGCUUCGAGAAGAGGUUGACUCGGAAAAAAUUAGAGCUAUCUCGGGUUUAGACCAUGAGAAGGAUCUCGAAGUAUGCAUUAGAGCUAAAAACAAUGCUUGGCUUAUUGCUCGGCUUACAAGAGGAAAGGAACUCUACAUGGUUCUUGAGAAAGCCAAUGAAACACUUCUCUAUGCCUCUGAUGCUGUUGAGAAGUUUAGUGACAGGUAUUGCAAUGGAGCUUUUUCUUUGGAAUAGGAAAAAUAGGGAAGUUACUGUUUCAAUGAGCUUAGAAAUCUAUGUAUAUUCUGGCUUGUGGAGAUUUUGUUUGGAAACCCGUUUACUGUAGAUG